UCCUUCUUUUCCCCACGACGUUUACUGCCGUAUAUAAACUUCUCUACCAGACUGACACAACUUAAAAAAAAUUAUCAGAUAAACUGACAUUAGCUCUUAACUCAACGAACUGCGUGUUUUCAGGAAUUCUGGGAUAGCUUUCUUCACGUCAUGGCGAACGAAUCGUCUGCAAGCUGCACGUGUUUUUCCAGAAAGUGUUGCUAAACAAUGCUAUAUUUUAGAAUAUAUUCUUGGUAUUAUUUUGAACUGGUUGUCAUUCUUAUGCCGAGACCCGUUGGGCGACGUUUGAAUCGUAUUAAUGUUAAAGAACAAUUACAAUACAAUUACCGGCUGAAUAAAGCAACUGCACUCACAGAUCUCUUUGGUCUUGUGCCACCGAACAGUUUCGAUGUCAUUGAUCAAUUUAACACAAGCCAAGGACUUCAGAUCUUAAAGUUGCGACAAUUGUACAAAGACAUUCCUAUCUACGAUGGAACACUUUCGGUCGUAAUCGAAUCUAAUGGUGAACUAACCGGUUUGGCAAGCGGUUUUGCUAUCCACGGACUGAGUAUCUAUCAUCACUGGGAUAAAUUAUUAUCGGCGACAUUAACCAAGGAAGAGGCUUUCGACAUUACAAUCAUCUCGGCUGGGCACGGUCAGUUUAAAAAGUACAUUUACAACUAUAAUUCGCACAGAAAAGUUUACGUCGAUGAUUUCGGUGAUGUAAGUUUGAUCUACGAAAUUGAUUACCUAAUAUAUACUGAUGAAGUGGUUAAGCGACCGGCGUUUCUUAUAAGCGCUCAUACCGGAGAUAUUUUGUUACAGUGGUCGAAGCUUGAUACUUUUGCUGACCAUUUACUCACUGGUCACGGUGGUAAUGAGAAAAGUGGAACGUUUGUUUACAGCAGAGACAAUCGGAAAAUUUUUGUGAAGAGAAACCAAGGGAAUACCUGUUUUCUGGAGAACCAAUAUGUAAAAGUUCUCAAUUUUAGUGGACGUCCAACCUAUAGGGAUACUGACAAUGUAGUCAGCUAUAAAUGCUUCGAUAAUUUUGAUGAUUCAGUGAAUGGAGCUAAUUCUCCUGCCCGUGAUGCCCUGUAUUACGGCAGUGCUCUUUUCGAUAUGUUUCUUUCCUGGUACGGGACUAAAAUUUUGCGGAAUAAAUUAAUAAUUGGAGUAUAUUAUGAUAUUGACAAUGCAUUCUGGGACGGAAAGCAAUGCAAUUUUGGUAACGGAGGAGAGUUUUCUUAUCCUUAUACAGUGGCUGAUAUCAUAGGUCAUGAAGUGGCACAUGGCUUCACCGAACAACAUUCCUGUCUUUUGAAUUUCGGACAGUCUGGCUCUAUGGACGAAUCAUUCUCUGAUAUAACAGGUGAAACUCUGGAAGCAUAUCUCGGACAAAAUGACUGGUCAAUAGGGAACUAUAUAACAAAAUCUGAUCAUAGAGGAUUUAGAUCUUUAGAUGAUCCCUCAAAGGAUAAACUGUCUGUGAACCAUUACGAUAAUUACACCGAGAGCUUAGACCCUCAUUUUGGUUGUGGUAUUUAUAACAAAGCAUUCUACUACGUGGUCCAGGAUUAUAGAAUUCCAAUCAAAGAUGCCUAUCACGCAUUUAUGUUAGCCAAUCGUUUGUAUUGGCAUCCAACAUCGGAUUUCUCAACCGGAGCCUGUGAUGUUAUGCGCGCUGCUUAUUAUAUUGGUCUUGAUGUUAAUCCUUUUAGAAUGGCUUUUCAACAGGUGGGUGUCAAAACUUGUAUUCUGACGAACGAUAUUUAUUUAUUGAACACAAAUAAAACACUUUCGAAUAUAAAAGUUGGUGACGGUAAAACACCUCUUUUCUCUUACAAUCCUUCAUUUUGCAUAUCUGCUAUAACAAUUCAAGCAAGUUCUAGAAAUUACAGUACCCUCCAUAUUAAAAUAACUAAUCCACAAGACAUUGUUUUCCAUUUUGAAAUAAAUAAAACAGACGACGCAACCUUCUACAUUAAAGUCUCUAAACCAGACUUAAUACUUAAUAACACGUAUUUUUUAAUCGAAGGUGUGAAUAGAAUCAAACUUUUUGGGAACUUGUCAAUAGUACAUCGAAUUCACAUCGAACUCGUUUCAAAGACUAAAUUUGCUUUGACUGACGUCACUCUAAACGUUUCAUGUAAGUACAAAGAUCAUUAUAAUCGACAAGAUCACACAGACAUUACAAAGUAAAUAUUACAGCAAUA